AUGCCUACCAUCGCAGGUCGUGCCAGACCUAUCGAGAAAUUCGCCGAAGCUGUUGCCAAAUGCGGUCCUGAGGCAGCCAACUAUGGCAAGUGCAUCGUCGCGGAUUAUCAAUCAACGUACCAGGACAUGUGUAAGAAGGAGUUCAUGGUGUUGAAAGACUGUUAUUUGAAAGCUGCGAAGAAAAAGUGA